AUGGUAGACCGUUUAAUAGUAUCUUUGAGACUUCUCAGUUUCAUAGUGGUAUUAGGAUUUCAGCUGGUCAUCCCACAAACGUCAGUUGAACACAGAAAGGUUCCCCAGAGGAUAGAAGAACAAAGUUCUGAAGACAGCAGCGCAGGAAUCCCAGGCAUAUGGGGCAGUUGGGGCCCCUGGUCUGCUUGCUCUCGAAGUUGCAGUGGUGGGGUGAUGGAGCAAACCCGGCCCUGCCUCCCAAGCUAUUACCACGACAGGGCUUAUUCUAGACCAGGGCAACAGUACCCAGCCUUGGAAAGAACUCUUGCACCCCAGCAUUCCCACCGUCGUGAAGAUCCAUUGACCCCUUAUUCCGGCCAUGUCAUUUCUGCCAUCCGUACAUCCGUGCCACUUCACAGAAACGAGGAGCAGCUUCAGAGAGGUCUUUGGGCUUCAGUUUCCUCCACGGGCCGCAAUGACAGCCAUCUGAACAGAGGAACGUUGAGAGGCAGCCGCCAUUCUCAAAGGCAAAGAACCAAGCCAGAGAGGAGAAACAGAAACCAAAGUCCCAUAGGCCCAGGGAAAUAUGGAUAUGGAAAAGUGCCAUAUAUAUUACCACUGCAAACUGACACUGGGCAACUGCCUCAAAAAACACGGAGGCAGCGACAGUCAACAAGGAACCAAGCGUAUGAGCAGAAUCAGGGUCUUGGGAACACACACAAUCAUCCAUCUAACCCUUCAGUUCAACAUGGGAAUCUUUACCAAGAAGAACGUGGACCUCAGGUGUUGGGGCCCUCAAUUUAUCAGCAGGCUUCAACCCAUUCACAGGCCUUUCCUGCAUCUCAAAGUUUGUUUCAUGGGACUGACUCAACCCACCAUGGCUCUGCAUCCCGCCAGCCCUUCCAAGGUCAACCUCACUCUCCAAGGGCUGGAGCUAUUGUGUGCAUUGGAGCCUACAAGCAGUACAAACUCUGCAACACAAAUAUGUGUCCUGAAAGCAGCAGAAAUAUCAGAGAGGUACAGUGUGCAUCAUACAACAACAAACCAUUUAUGGGUCGAUUUUAUGAGUGGGAACCUUUUGCAGAAGUGAAGGGAAGUCAGAAGUGUGAACUGAAUUGCCGAGCAAUAGGCUACCGGUUCUAUGUGAGACAAGCUGAAAAAGUAAUAGACGGCACGCCAUGUGAUCAAAAUGGAACUUCAGUCUGUGUGUCUGGGCAAUGCAAGAGCAUUGGCUGUGAUGACUACCUGGGCUCAGACAAGGUGGCUGACAAAUGCGGAAUAUGCGGAGGGGACAACACUGGUUGCAAGGUGGUCUCUGGCGUUUUCAAACACACGCUAACAAAUCUUGGCUACCACAAAAUAGUAGAAAUUCCUGAAGGGGCUAUUAAAAUCAACAUUACCGAGAUGUCCAAGAGCAACAACUACUUGGCAUUGCGGAGUCGAUCAGGACGGUCCAUCAUCAAUGGAAACUGGGCAAUUGAUCGACCCGGGAGAUAUGAAGGAGGAGGGACUACAUUCACAUAUAAACGCCCAAAUGAAAUCUCAAGCACUGCAGGGGAGUCCUUUUUAGCAGACGGUCCGACAGACGAAAUCCUGGAUGUCUAUAUGAUACAUCAGCAACCUAACCCAGGUAUACAUUACGAGUAUAUCAUUCCAGAAGCCAAUGUCAUUAGCCCUCAGUUGCCUCCGCACAGAAGGCCAGGGGAGCCAUUCAAUGGUCAGUUAGAACUGACAGAUGGUACAGAUCACGAAGAUGAGAAUUUGCAUAGGGAGACAGACACUCACACUGGACAGUCAACAGGGACCUUUCCUGUUAUUCAGCCAGGAAGGUUUCCUUCUCAUCAGCCAGACAACCAGGUGCCUGCUGUGCAGCCACCACGACGAAACCGAGAACACAACUGGAAACAGGUUGGAACAACUGAGUGCACCACUUCGUGUGGGAAAGGGUUGCGAUACCCAAUCUUCCACUGUGUAAACAGAAUAUCUCAUGAGGAGGUGUCUGAGAGCUACUGUGACACCAGCACCAAGCCCACGCCAGAAGAAGAAGCCUGCAACAUCUUCCCAUGCCCAGCCUUCUGGGAUAUAGGGGAGUGGUCUGAGUGCAGUAAAACAUGUGGCCUUGGUAUGCAGCACCGACAAGUCCUGUGCCGACAAGUGUAUGCCAAUCGUACUCUGAUGGUUCAGCAAUACCGAUGCCAUCACUUGGAGAAGCCAGAAACAACCAGCACAUGCCAACUGAAGAUUUGCAGUGAAUGGCAAAUUCAGACAGAGUGGACUUCGUGUUCGGUGCCAUGUGGAGUGGGGCAGAGGACCCGAGAUGUUAAGUGUGUCAGCAAUCUUGGAGACAUUGUUGAUGACGAGGAGUGUAAUAUGAAGCUACGGCCAAAUGACAUUGAAAACUGUGACAUGGGGCCCUGUGCUAAGAGCUGGUUCCUCACGGAGUGGAGUGACAGGUGUUCUGCAGAAUGUGGUGCGGGAGUCCGAACACGGUCAGUAGUUUGUAUGUCCAACCAUGUUAGCAGCUUGCCACUGGAAGGUUGUGGGAAUAACAGACCCUCUGAAACAAUCCCCUGCGACAAUGGACCCUGUGUGGGUAAAGUGGAGUGGUUUGCUGGAAGCUGGAGUCAGUGUUCAAUUGAAUGUGGCAGCGGAACCCAACAGAGAGAAGUCAUUUGUAUUAGAAAAACGGAAGGCAGUUUUGAUGUGUUGAACCCUUAUGAAUGUUCGUUUUUGGAAAGACCUCCCAGCCAGCAGUCCUGCUACCUCAAACCCUGUGGGGCUAAGUGGUUUAAUACAGAGUGGAGCACAUGUUCCAAAUCCUGUGAAGGAGGAUUCCGGGUUCGAGAAGUACGAUGUCUGUCAGAUGAUCUGACACCCAGUAACCAAUGUGAUCCACAGCUUAAACCAGAAGAAAAAGAACCUUGUAACACUCAGGAUUGUAUACCAGAAAUAGAUGAAAAUUGCAAAGACAAAUACUACAACUGCAAUGUGGUGGUGCAGGCCCGUCUCUGUGUCUAUACCUAUUACAAGACAGCUUGUUGUGCAUCCUGCACAAGGGUGGCCAAUAGACAAUCAGGUUUUCUAGGACGCAGAUAA